GGGGGCGCGGGCACGAGCGCAGGUGCCAGGAGGAGCCGGGCGGCCCGGAGGCAGUUACACCGCGCCGCGGAUCCGGCUGCUGGGGCCCCGGGAUGCCGCGGCUCCUCUGCCUGUGUCUGCUGUGGCUGGGGCUCCCGUUAGUUCGGUUCUCCCGUGAGCAGAGCGACAUCAGCAGAGCUAGGAGGCUGUGCGGCAGGCACCUCAUGAAGGAAAUAAUAAAACUCUGUGGCAAUGUCAGCUGGCACUUCUUGAAGGAGGAAACCCCCAAGAUCCAGCUGUUUCCCCAGGCCAACGAGAAGAUUGAGACCUUCAUUCCCGACCGGUUGGAAAGCUCCCAAACCACUUUCCCAGCCUGGGCGAGAGGCACAAACCCAGUUUCUACUUCUGCCUCUGAGGAAGAAGCAAUAAACAGUUUGGAGAUGUCGUCACUGCCUAAGUACAGAUAUAAAAGGGCCAACUUGCCACCAGAUAAGACAAGAGAAUUGUCCUCAUCACAAGAUAUCAAUCAAUAUAUUCAUGAGAUCUUAGAAUUUCAGAAGAUGAACAGAAACAAAAUUAAAACCUUAAGCAGUGUGUUUUGGGGGAAACAUCCCCAAAGAAAGCGCAGGGGAUACUCAGAAAAGUGUUGUCUUAAAGGAUGCACCAAAGAAGAACUCAGCAUUGCAUGCUUUCCAUAUAUUGAUUAUAAAAACUUACAGAAACAUGCACCAUCAGUUGUGACUGAAAUAUACUAACCAUCAUAGGAAUGAUACUAACUUAAUAAAAGCUUAAUAUAUUUAUUUUACUUUA